ACAGCAAUAGUUAACUUCGCAGAUUAACGACUGGUAUUAAAACGACAUUACAUGUCUUAACCCUUAAACUAAUCAUUAAUUUUACAUUAGGAAGUGAUUGUCUGAUUAAAUACUUUACUGUUUAGUUGUUUAUUUAAAAGGGCAUGUCAAAAAGCACAAGUUCAUUUAACAGACAGUUUGUAAGCAGCAACCCACAAGCCUCGUCCACACCUGCAGGCCAUAAAUUAAGUCACUCACGACCCUUGCCUUGUUUUGAUCAGUGCACCAAGUCUGAAAAGUUUGAAUUUAAGAAGGCCAACUUUCGCUUUGACUUUAAUACUAAGCCAUGCUCACCUGUUAAAAGUGCACCUCCAGUUAGUAGAGUGUUCGCUUUUCGAAAAUGGGCUCCUGAAAAAGCACAUGCAGUCUCAUUUCGAGCAGGUGAGGACCCACAAGCAGAUUUGGCGUUUCAAAGCAACUUUUAUGAUUCUGAUCGCUCGGAGUUGUACUUUGAGCAAUGUUUCACCAUCGAAAAAAGGCUGGGUGAAGGAUCUUUUGGUGAAGUUAUGCAAGUUAAAAGCCGAGAUAAUUCCAUGCGAUAUGCCGUUAAAAGAUCAAGAGAAAAGUUUCGGAAUGAAUCGGACCGGAAAAGAAAGUUGGACGAAGUUAAAAAGCAUGAACAGUUGCCAAGCCAUCCAAAUUGUGUGAAGUUUAUAAAGGCGUGGGAAGAGAAACAUCGUUUGUAUAUUCAAACUGAACUUUGUGCUACAAGUCUUCAACGUUAUUUAAGCAAACAUUCUCAUGUACCUAUUUAUAAAAUAUACAAGUAUUUGGUGGAUUUAUUAAAGGGCCUUCACCAUAUACAUUCCCAUGGUUUCAUCCAUUUUGAUGUCAAACCAGCAAACAUAUUUCUGUCUUUAGAUGGCACUUGCAAAAUUGGUGACUUUGGCUUAGUUGUAGAGCAAUCUAAAGAGGAUAUUUUAAAUGCAACUGAAGGAGAUAAUAGGUACAUGGCUCUAGAAUUACUGAAUGGAGUUUUUACAAAUAAAGCUGAUGUUUUUAGCCUUGGAAUAGCUUUACUUGAAAUCACAUGUAACCUUGAAUUACCUGUUGGUGGCGUGUCAUGGCAGCUUUUAAGACAAGGUUACAUUCCACAGGAAUGUGUGAAUCAAUUGCCAUUCGAUUUACGAACAAUAAUUCAGUGGUUGAUGACACCAAACUAUGAAGAAAGACCUUCCAUUGUUGAAGUGCUUAACCAUCCUAUUGUGCGUCAACUUGCCAAUCAACACCUGCCUCACUUUGUUACCUAUCACUGUUUAAACUCAAUGUUUCAUUUCUUUUGUAGUUUGCUUUUCUUUACUGCCCUGCUGUUUUUUCGACCAUUAAAGUUGCUGCAAAAGGCCUCGAACAAUCAAACUAGUGCCAAAGCUAAGAAAGAAAGUGUUGCGAACCAAUGGAACUCAAGUAUUUCAAGUGAACAUUAUUGGCUGGAUAAUAACGGCGCUGACGCUGGAAGAUCUUCAGAACUAAAUGAGGAUGUGUUUUGUAUGACACCGAACCUACCAAAGCAUUCAAGACUAACUCCAACACCAAGAAACUCUUCUCCUGUUGCCCAUAGAUACCAUGGAUCAGGUCGUGUAGAAUACUCUCCUGAUUUAAGUCCACUUUCACACAGCAGGUACACCCCUACGCAUAAGUUAUUGGUAAAGGACAUGAGAAGUGAUCCAGAUUUUGAUUAUUAUCCCCUGAAUCUUGAUAAACAAGAGGUGUCUGAAGACUCUUUAGAAGAACUGUAUUCAUCAAAACCUAGGAAUUUAAUUGAUGCUUUGAAUGAAGUGUCCAUGAGUUCUGAUGCUUCUGGCACAGAUUCCGAUCUUUAGGCUAUUUCCUGUGUUUAUAUAUAAAUGCUUUCUGUUAGGUGUAACUGCAACAUGUCACUCUGCAAAUAAAAUUAUCUUCACUAUGUACGAAUAAGUUUAUUUGUUUUUAAAAUAAAUGACAUAAUUUUAUUGUUUAAAUUUCAGAUAGGAGUACAAAAUUAAAUAUUUAAAAUUGUGCUGGUGGUAUUGGAAGUAAAAAAAAGCUAUGAUUGAGGAACAGAAGUAGAAGUAUUAACUGAUGAAUUGAAACAGAAUUAAUUAUGUCAUGAAUGAAAUUACUACUAACUGAAAUGACGAAGUAUAAUAUUGCACAACAAUUACAUACAAGCUACAGCAUAUGUGCUGACUGCUGGGAAGUCAUUA